AUGGUCAACAUCUUCAUUACUGGCGCCACUGGCUACAUCGGCGGCGAUACGCUCUAUGAGCUCUAUAACAAGCAUCCUGAGUACUCCUACACGGCUCUAGUUCGCACAUCUGAAAAGGGCAAAUCUGUCACGGACAAAUUUCCUAAAGUCAAGACCGUACAAGGAGACAAUGACAGCAGUGACUUGCUCAAGGAAGAAGCAUCCAAAGCAGACAUUGUCAUUCACACCGCGGAUGCCUCAGAUCACGAAGGAGCUGCAAAGGCUAUCGCUGAAGGUCUCGCCUCGGGCCACAGUGCGUCAAAGCCAGGUUACUGGCUUCACACUGGUGGAACUGGUAUCCUAACCUACUUCGACUCAUCCGCGGACAAGCUGGGUGAACACACAGAUAAAGUCUUUGACGAUCUAGACGGCGUAGACGAAUUGAUUGGACUUCCCAAGGAUGCUUUCCACAAGAACGUCGAUGAGAUUGUUAUCAACGCAGGCACAAACGCAUCUGGUGUAAUCAAAACCGCCAUCGUCUGUCCUCCGACUAUCUACGGUGAUGGCAGGGGACCUUCUCUCACUCGCGGUCGCCAGGUGUACGAGCUUGCAAAAACCGUGCUGGAUAUCCAGGCUGCACCCAUCAUCGGUGGCGGCAAGGCAAUGUGGAACAAUGUGCAUGUUCACGAUUUGUCUCGUGCCUUUGUUCUCUUGGUCGAAGAAGCAGCGAAGAACAACACCGAUACGAAGCUUUGGGGCAAGAAUGGCUACUACUUUACCGAGAAUGGUGAGCACGUGUGGGGAGACUUGAGCAAGGUCAUUGCCGAAAGUGCUAAGCAGCAAGGUCUGCUCAAGGAAAUCAAGGCAGAACAGAUGGACAUGGAGACAGCGAAGAAGACGGCUGGCUUCGAAGCAAUCAGCUGGGGCUGGAACAGCAGGGGCAAGGCCAGAAGAUUCAAGGAGGUCUUGGGUUGGAAGCCUCAGGAGAGGAGUAUUGAGGAUAAAGUGCCUACUAUUGUCAAGAAGGAGCACGAGAGGAUGCAGCAACAGAAGAAGUAG